AUGCCCACAAUCACCGUCCCGCAAGACGAAAGUGCGACAACGAAUUACGUUGAGACGGUACUCGGACCGAACGUCGAGGCUUUCGCGCAACAAAUAGAGGUUCGGUACAAGGACGGAGAUUUAGAGAUUGAUGCUUCCACGACGAAGAUAGCGUCGUCGCGUCUGGCCGGUCUUACGGCCGCUGCGCCGUCGCGACCGACCUUGAGUGAGAAGGAAACUGAGACUUCGUCUACCAACGGGAAUGCUGCUGAGACUUCGGGUGCGAAUGGAAAUGGCAUCGAUAACAGUCCUCAGGGUGCGAAGCAUGGAGAGAAGAAAGACUUGACUGCAGGCGCAUACGCAGGCAUUGGUAUUGGCGUCGCUGCGGCUCUGGUCGCGCUUGUCGGGGCCUUAUUACUGUUCAUUCGGAGACGCAACAAAAACAAGAAGCUGACCAAGACGUCGACCGAUACGCCAAACACAGGGUGGAGACAAGUGGGUAGUGCGGCUGAGGUUGCCAAUUCGACACCGGUGUGUGAGGUAGGAUCAAGGGAACCUACGGAAGUAAGAGGUGAUCAUGCCAUGCCAGUUGAACUAGAUCCAAACAGAAGAGUUCACCAGUUAGAGUAG